UCCACACCGGAAGAUCAAAGCAUCCCUCACCAUCAUCAGAUUAAAUUAGGAAAAGACAUCAAACUUGAGGUUAAAGAGGAAGAAGAAGAGGCGUUGGUGAGUGGAGAUCAGCAGUCUAUGGAGAAGAUGACCAUGAAAAGUGACCAGGAGGAAUCUUCUCUUUAUAUAAACAGAAGAGGACACUAUGUCCUGAAUAACGUAUCUUCAGAAUGUAAAGCAGAAGAAAAUCCCACCACACAACGUUCUCCAGGAGAAAAUCCCACCACACAACGUUCUCCAGAAGUGAAUCGCAUUACACAAAUAAUACAUCAUAGAACUUAUCAUAUGGAGAGAUCCUGGGAUUUCUCUGAUCCUGAGGAUUCUUCUGAGGAUCCACAUACUAUUAUUAUUGAAUCUCACAGUACAGAUAAAGCAACAGAUCCAUCUAAUCCCGAGGAAUCUUCAUUGAACCAUGAAGGAUCUCGCACAGGAGAACAUUCCUUGUCAUCUACAGUGUGUGGGAAUUCUUCCAAAGAAACCAGAGAGCCUAUUACACACCAGAAAAGUCAUAAGAGUUUGCAUUCUUACUCAUGUCCAGAGUGCGGGAGAUGUUUUAAUGGGAAAAUAAACUUUCUCAGUCACCAGAGGGUUCACACUAUCGAGCGUCCUUUCCCAUGUUCAGAGUGCGGCAAACGUUUUACUGACAAAGGAAACCUUCUUAAACACUACAGAAUUCACACGGGUGAGCGUCCCUUUUCAUGUUCAGAGUGCGGGAAAUGUUUUAUUCAGAAAGUAGAACUUGUUAAUCACCAGAGAAUUCACACAGGUGAGCGUCCGUUCUCGUGUUCGCACUGUGGUAAAGGUUUCGCUCGGAAAGGAAACCUUCUAACACAUCAGAGAACUCACACAGGUGAGCGUCCUCUUUCAUGUUCAGAGUGUGGCAAAGGUUUCAUUCAGAAAAGAGACCUUGUUGUUCACCAAAGAAGUCACACGGGAGAAUGUCCUUUUUCAUGUUCAGAGUGCGGGAAAUCUUUCGCUCAGAAAGGACAUCUUGUUAUUCACCAGAGAAUUCACACUGGUGAGCGUCCUUUUUCAUGUUCAGAGUGCGGGAAAUGUUUCCCCGAGAAAGGAAAUCUUGUCAUUCACCAGAGAAUUCACACCGGUGAGCGUCCUUUUUCAUGUUCAGAGUGCGGGAAAUUUUUCCGCGAGAAAGGAAAUCUUGAUAAUCAUCAGAGAAUUCACACAGGCAAACGUCCAUAUUCAUGUUCAGAUUGCGGGAAAACUUUUGUUCGGAAAGGUGAACUAAAUAAUCACCAGAGAAUUCACACAGGCGAGCGUCCUUUUACAUGUUCAGAGUGCGGGAAAUGUUUCCACGAAAAAGGAAAUCUUGUUACUCACCAGAGAAUUCACACAGGCAAACGUCCAUAUUCGUGUUCAGAGUGCGGGAAAACUUUUGUUCGGAAAGACGUACUUAAUAAUCACCAGAGAAUUCACACCGGCGAGCGUCCUUUUUCAUGUUCAGAAUGCGGGAAAUGUUUCCACGAAAAAGGAAGCCUUCUUAAACACCAGAGAAUUCACACCGGCGAGCGUCCUUUUUCUUGUUCAGAGUGCGGGAAAUGUUUCAACGAAAAAGGAAGCCUUCUUAAACACCAGAGAAUUCACACCGGCGAGCUUCCAUAUUCGUGUUCAGAGUGCAGGAAAUGUUUCAGUUACAAAAGUGCCCUUGAUCGACACCAGAGAAUUCACACCGGCGAGCAUCCUUUUUCAUGUUCAGAGUGCUGGAAAUGUUUCAACGAAAAAGGAAAUCUUCUUAAACACCAGAGAAUUCACACGGGCAAACGUCCAUAUUCGUGUUCAGAGUGCGGGAAAUGUUUCAGUUACAAAAGUGCCCUUGAUCGACACCAGGGAAUUCACAUGGACGAAGAAGAGGAGAGGUUGGUGAGAAGAGAUCAGCAGUCUAUGGAGGGGGGAAGUCUUCAGUAUUCCCGGGAUUCCAAACCGGAAGAUCAAAGCAUCCCUCACCAUCAUCAGGAUAAAUUAGGAAAAGACAUCAAACUUGAGGUUAAAGAGGAAGAAGAAGAGACGUUGGUGAGUGGAGAUCAGCAGUCUAUUGAGGAGAUGACCAUGAAAAGUGACCAGGAGGAAUCUUCUCUUUGUAUCAGCAGAAGAGGACACUAUGUCCUGAAUAACGUAUCUUCAGAAAUUAAAGCAGAAGAAAAUCCCACCACACAACGUUCUCCAGGAGAAAAUCCCACCACACAACGUUCUCCAGGAGAAAAUCCUACCACACAACGUUCUUCAGGAGUGAAUCGCAUUACACAAAUAAUACAUCAUAAAACCUAUCAAAUGGAGAGAUCCUGGGAUUUCUCUGAUCCUGAGGAUUCUUCUAAAGUUCCACAAACUCUUGAAUCUCACAGUACAGAUCCAUCUAAUCCAGAGGAAUCUUCCUUGAACCAUGAAGGAUCUCACACAGGAGAACAUUCCUUGUCAUCUACAGUGUGUGGGAAUUCAUCCAAAGAAACCAGAGAGCCUCUUACACACCAGAAAAGUCAUAAGAGUUUGCGUACUUACUCAUGUCCAGAGUGCGGGAGAUGUUUUAAUGUGAAAAGAAACUUUCUCAGUCACCAGAGAGUUCACACAGGCGAGCGUCCUUUCCCAUGUUCAGAGUGCGGCAAGCGUUUUACUGACAAAGGAAACCUUCUUAAACACUACAGAAUUCACACGGGUGAGCGUCCCUUUUCAUGUUCAGAGUGCGGGAGAUGUUUUAUUCGGAAAGCAGAACUUGUUAGUCACCAAAGAAUUCACACAGGUGAGCGUCCGUUCUUGUGUUCGCACUGUGGUAAAAGUUUCAUUCAGAAAGGACACCUUCUUAAACACCAGAGAACUCACACAAGUGAGCGUCCUUUCUCAUGUUCAGAGUGUGGGAAACGUUUCAUUCAGAAAAGAGACCUUGUUGUCCACCAGAGAAUUCACAAGAGCGAGCGUCCUUACUCUUGUUCAGAGUGUGGGAAAAGUUUCAAUCAGAAAGGAAAUCUUGUUAAUCAUCAGAGAAGUCACACGGGCGAGCGUCCCUAUUCAUGUUCAGAGUGCGGGAAAUGUUUCCACGAAAAAGGAAACCUUCUUAAACACCAGAGAAUACACACGGGCAAGCGUCCAUAUUCUUGUUCAGAGUGUGGGAAAACUUUUGCUCAGAAAGGCGAACUUAAUAAUCACCAGAGAAUUCACACCGGCGAGCGUCCUUUUCCGUGUUCAGAGUGCGGAAAAUGUUUUGUUCGGAAAGAACACCUUCUUAAACACCAAAGAAUUCAUAUAGGCGAUUAUCCUCAUUCAUGUUCUGAGUGUGGGAAAUCUUUCAUACAGAAAGAAGUACUUCUUCUACACCAGAGAGUUCACACAGAUGAACGUCCCUAUUCAUGCUCAGAGUGCGGGAAAUGUUUUGUCCGGAAAGAUAAACUUCUUAGACACCAGAGAGUUCACACGGGGGAACGUCCCCAUUCGUGUUUAAAGUGCGGGAAAUGCUUCAGUCAAAAAAGUGGGCUUAAUCGACACCAGAGAAUUCACAUGAACUAACCACCUUUUUUUAUGUUCAGACGGACCAAUGGGGAGUGUGGCAAGAACAACCUCCAGAGAACGUGUGUCCUUCCUUAUAAUCAGAAUGUAUAAAAUGUUUCUGUUAACCACUUCCCGCCCGGCCUAUGGCCGAUUUACGUCCGGGAAGUGGUUGUGAAAUCCUGACAGGACGUUCACGAACGGCCUGCAGGAUUUCGUGCCGCGCGCGCCAGUCUGACACCCUGCAUCUCCGAUCUCGGUAAAGAGCCUCCGGCGGAGACUCU